GCAUUUAAAAGAAAAUCUUUGAAACGUUUAUCUGCAAGUCAUUUGUCAAUCAAUCACAUGAUUGAUAACCCUCACUUUCCUUUUUUUUCUCUAUGACAACUAGAUCAAGUUCUUAUUUAUUUGUCGACAGACGGAAAACAAAGAUUCCAUAAUAAUAUUAAUGAUGCGAUUUAUCAUAUAUUUUACCAUUCCAUUUUUGGGUCAUCGUGCAAUAUACAUUAAACACACAAACACACACCUAUUUGAUGAGUACGUCGUCAAAGACAACAUUAUCAGUCAAUUCAUUGACAAUCCACACAAUCAUCAUGACUGUCAUUCUGACACUGUUGUAUGAUAUGUGCCGUCCUAGAAAAAAAAAACGAGAAACAAAUCACCACCAGCAACCAGAAGAUAAGUGUGAUCAUCACAACUACAAUUUUUACCAUCAUAAUCCUCAACAUUAUUGAUGAAUGAUAAAAAUCAAAAUAAGCCGACAAUAUUCGGCAUAUUGAAAUAAUCAAUUUUUUUUCGCAGUGAUGAUAAAUCCAUUAUCGAUCGAUUUAACAUUUAAAAAAACAUCAAAGAUAGAAUGCUAAUCAUGUGAAUGAAUUCAAAAACAAAUCAUUGUGAAUCAUAAAGUGUUUGCGUCUUGUUUUUUUUCGGUUGAUCAUUUCCGUCAUCGUCGUCGUGGUUGCACUUGCUCGAAAUCGAAUAUUCAUCGAAUCGUAAAAAAUGAAUAAGGAAUUAAUGUUGAUACAAUUUUCCAAAUAUAUGACCAUUGGUACAGUAUCGAUAAUUAUCGGUAUGAUCAUUGCAUUAAUCGGUCUAUGGAUUUAUUCAGAAUGGUUAAUCUAUCAGCAAAAAAAAAAUAAACAACUAGAUAUUGUACGUGAUAAAAUGGAUGGAAUCGAAAUGAAAAGAUUAUUACGACAAAAUAGUCAAGAACAAUCGAGCCAUAAACAAAAAUGUCCAGAUAUACAGAUUGUCGAUCUAUCAUUGGAAAAUGAUAAUCCAGAGAAAGAAAAAAUGAUUUCAUCCAAUCGAUCUAUUACACAGAUUGAUUCAAAUAAACGUAUCAGUCUGAAAUCAUUGGAUGGUCUUCCACGAUAAAACCAUUGGCCAUUGUUUAUAUGGCCAUUUGUAAAUAAUGUACACAUUAACAAUUCACCUCAUUCGAUGGACAUUUCCACUAAAUUAUUUGUUUUGUUUUUUUGAUGUGAAAAUAAUAUAUUGUAGUGUUUUUUAUUGAAAAA